GACUCUGCAAACCAGAAAACAAUUCAGCACAAAGGCAGCUGGAGUCACGUUGGCAUGUUGUGACAGAAUCACACAAUUGCAUGGGACUCAUCGCAUUCUGAAAAUGCCCAGAUAGUGAACAGAAGAGGUAAAUGGAAUCAGAAAUCAGAGCUGACACGGCCCAAGAGAGACCUGAAACUCGGAUUCCUUCACCUAUGGGGAAGUUCUCUGCUGUGGCAGGGGAGAGAGGCCACCGACAAAAAGCGCCCUCACGGCUUCUGAGAAACACCCUUGCUUUGCUCUUCCUUGGCUUCUUUGGGGUCCUGGAGACCACAACAAUAUCGUGCAGAAAUGAAGAUGGUGAAGCUGUGGAUUGGUUUGCCUUUUAUAAGUUACCUAAAGGGCAAGACAAGAAAAGUAAAGAAACUGGGUUAGAGUACCUUUAUCUAGAUUCUACAACCAGAAGUUGGAGGAAGAGUAAGCAACUAAUCAAUACUUCCAGCAGUGUUUUGGGAAGGACAUUACAACAGCUGCAUGAAGCACAUGCCUCCAAGAAUAACAAUACUGCCUAUCUAAUAUACAAUGAUGGAGUCCCUAAAUCUGUGAAUUACAGUACAAAAUAUGGACACACCAAAGGUUUUCUGCUGUGGAACAGAGUACAGGGGUUCUGGCUGAUUCAUUCUAUUCCCGGGUUUCCUCCAAUUCCUGAAGAAGGCUAUGAUUAUCCACCCACAGGGAGACGAAAUGGACAAACUGGCAUCUGCGUAACUUUCAAGUACAAUCAGUAUGAAAAAAUAGAUUCACAGCUCUUAGUCUGCAACCCAAGUAUUUAUAGCUGUUCCAUCCCAGCCACCUUCCACCAGGAGCUCGUCCACAUGCCCCAGCUGUGUGCCAGGUCUCACCCACCAACCUUCCCUGGCCGGAGCCUUGUGACACUUUGGUCAGCCAGGGGACAAAAAUUUCUCCAUUUUGCAAAGCCUACCUCUUAUCGUGACGACAUCUUUGCAGCCUGGAUGGCUCAGUGGUUGAAGACACACUUGUUAACAGAAACCUGGCAGCGGAAGAGACAAGAGCUUCCUUCAAACUGCUCCCUUCCUUACCAUGUCUACAAUGUCAAAGCAAUUAAGGUAUCAGGACAAUCUUAUUUCAGGUCUUCUCAGGAUCAUGCCAAAUGGUGUGUUUCCAAAAAGGGCGCCAAAAAUCGCUGGACAUGUAUUGGAGACCUAAAUCGGAGUCCAUACCAAGGCUUCAGAAGUGGAGGGUUCAUCUGUACCCAGAAUCAGCAUAUUUACCAAGCAUUUCAAGGGUUAGUUUUGUAUUAUGAGAACUGUGACUAAAGUCAUUGAAAGGACAUACAUACUGUCCUUUUGAACACCGAUAAUGGUCUUCUUCCAUUAGAUCUGUUCUCUAUAUAUUAAAAAAAUGUGACUGCCUAUAGUCCACAUAUCAGAUAAAGCACUUUUCUCCCAUGUUUACAAUUUCAUCUUUCAACUUUUGCAAUUUGUCUACUUUGCAUUUAUAGGUCAUGUACACUGACUAUUACAUAUAACUAAAAUGAGAAUCGAAGGAAUAAAAGGACAAAUAUUUGUUCCAAAUUAGUCAACUCUCAGUUAUUCAUAGAUUGACUGACCAUCUUGUAGAUUCAAUUUCAUCUCCUUCAUAAAGACUUUCCUUACUCUUCUCCCCACAUAAUAUUUUUAAAGAAAAAACAGUUCU